AUGCUCUCGAAUCAGCCUUCUAUUGUCUAUGGCCCGUCGGCUCCGAUCCCUGUGUCAAUGACAUUUGGGGACCUUCUAUCCUACCAUGCACAACACAGGCCAGAUAACCAUGCAAUUAUUUCGCAUCAUCAGAAUAUCCACUUGACCUAUAGUCAGCUCGAAGAGCGUAGCACGUCGCUAGCAAAGGCAUUCUCCAGCUAUAACGUUAGCCGGGGUGAUACUGUGGCCAUCAUGUUGGGCAGUCGCACGGAAUACAUCGAAACAUUUUUUGCGUGUGCGAAAUUAGGUGCAUCGCUUGUCCUUCUUAAUUUCGCCUUUGUUUUAGAGGAGAUCGUUGAUACCUUGACUCCAAUUGCCCCGAAGCUUCUCGUUAUGACACCCAGCUUUGGGAAAUUCCAAUACGAGAACAUUCUAUUAAAGCUUUCAGAAAUGCUUCCUUCUUUGCAAGCUGUGGUCCUUGUGGAUCCGUACAAACUGAAGGCUCAAAGCCUAGGAGAUAAGAUGGUCUCCUAUGAAGUCUUACUCAAGCAAAAUUUUGCCACAAGCUUGCCUGGUAAUGUUUCGCCUCAUGACAUUGUCAACAUACAAUUCACGUCUGGCAGCACUGGGACUCCCAAAGCAGCUGCACUUAGCCACUACAACAUUAUGAACUGUGGCAAGAAUAUCAGUGCCCAGAUGAGUAUAAGCGAUAAGGACCGAGUCUGUCUUCCUGUACCUUUGUUCCACAGUUUUGGACUUAUCAUUGGUAUUUGCACCAGCACGUGGAGUGGAUCAACCAUUGUAUUCCCUUCGGAAACAUUCGACGCCGAUGCGGUGUUGAAAUGCAUUGAGGGAUAUAGAUGCACUGGCAUUUAUGGCGUCACCACAAUGUUCAUCGAGGAGAUGAAGAACGCGAAAUUUGCUUGCACCGAUCGCUCAUCUUUGAACGAUCCAACCCCCAACCGUCUUCACACAGCCGGUCGCCUUUUCCCGAACUUCAUUGGGAAAAUCGUGGAGCCUAACACAGGCCGAGUUCUGCCGUGGGGACAGAAGGGAGAGAUUGUGAUCUCUGGAUAUGGAGUCAUGGGUGGAGGGUAUCUUCGAAAUCCAUCCAAGACCGCAGAAGCGAUGAGACAACACGUGGAAGACUUGGAGCCCCAUGGAGUCGGACCUGUGGACAGCGAGGGAAAUCUUAGAACGUGGAUGCACACAGGAGAUGAAGGGUAUUUUGACAAAGAUGGAUAUUUUGUGAUCACUGGACGCAUCAAAGACAUCAUCAUUCGCGGAGGAGAGAACAUUUCCCCGGUAGAAAUCGAAGCACGACUUUCCUCCCACGGGGCGAUUGUCCAGGCUUCUGUUGUUGGUGUUCCGAAUGCUCGACUUGGAGAAGAAAUAGCUGCGUUCGUUGAACUAACCAACGGCCAUGCUAAACCUACCGAUGAAGAGCUCCAGAAAUGGGUGCGAGCAAGUCUCAGUCGCUUCAAAACACCAAGGCACUUUUGGUGGAUAGGUAGUUCCCAGCAUGGCGUUCCUCGAGAAUGGCCGAAGACUGCAUCUGGAAAGCUUAGAAAACCGGACUUACGGGAAGUCGCAAAGGAGUUGUUGAAGGAGGAGGUGCCGGAAAGAGCUCGACUUUAG